AUGGCGGCGACGUUGACGUACGACUCAGCCAGUCAAUGCGGCGUCUCCGUGUACAUGGUUAUAGAAGUCUUAGUAAGCAUAGUAAACUAUUUAAACGGAGUUAAUCAGAAUUAAAACACUGCAGUGAAUAUUUAUUGUCAGAUUAAUGUCCCUGAGAAACGAAGGGAAGGUAAAAGGGAACCAUUAAAGUAGAAUGAGCCGGACUACUUUCCCUGUUUUUACAAGCUGUGCCAUAGUAAAGGUGACACAGGAACACACACCAGCUCCGAUUGGGACCUUGUGAAUAAAGACUGUGUGAAGAAGGUCUGUCCACAAUGUCGGCCAACGAUAAGACAUUAGAAGAUAUCAGAGCGACAGUCCUAUCAUGUCACAAGGACUCCACCUUACAAGAUAAGUUAAAGGUAUACGACUCCUGGGCAGAGAACUAUGACCAGGACCUGGUGUUUCUUGACUACACUGCACCUUGUGUGGCAGCAAACAGGAUCUCAUCCCACUUCAGUGGUGAUCGUGAAGCCGCUGUUGUGUUGGAUGUGGCCUGUGGUACGGGACUGAUGGUCAGACAGUUGAAGAGCCAUGGGUUUGGACAUUUUGUGGGUGUUGAUGGAAGCAAAGGGAUGAUGGAUGUGGCCAGAAAGACUGAGCUGUACCAGGAGCUGAAGCAGUGCAUGCUUGGAGAGGAGCCGCUACCUGUGCAGUGGGCAGGUUCAUUCGAUGUCACUGUGAUCGUUGGAGCGCUAAGUGUCGGUCAGGUCCCGGUCAGUGUUGUCAGAGAUUUGUGCAAAUCCACAAAGCCAGGGGGCUUCGUCUGCAUGACCACCAGAGGUAACCAGGACAAUCUGGACUUUAAAGCAGAUCUGGAGCGAGAGCUGAAGCAGAUGGAGGGAGAGGGGCUGUGGUGUUGUGUUGAGAUCACUGAGGUAGAGAAGUGGGAGAAGGCGGUGUCAGAGACGGAGGAGGGGUACAUACCUGGUGCUGUUUAUCUUUAUAAGAAACUAUAGGUUAAGAAAACUGAAGGAAAAUGUGCAUUAGAUGUGACCUCACAUCUAAAAAGUGUUAUUCAAGAAGACACAACAUAUCCUUAUUACUCCCUGUACAUGUCCAAAAGAGAGUGAGGGUAACGUCCAUGCUGCCUAAGAAGUUUUUAUAUAGUGAGUUGUAUUUUCAGAUGAAUCGAUUUGCCUACUUUGUAUUGCUGUUAUAUUUUUUGUACGACUUUGACCAAAGUUAUUUUCGUUUGCAGUUCUUUUGAUAUGUCGGACUUGAAUCUGACUGGCAUUCCAGAUUAAUCACAUCAAAUCUUCAACCUUUUUACCUUUAAACCUUCAAAAACAGCCGUGCUACCUGUUAAAGAAUUAAGCAGUGAAACCAGAAUCAAAGGACCUUUUUAUAUUGUGAGUUGAAAGUAGCACGCUGAAGUCAAACCUUUCUUGUGAACCCUGUAAAAGCAGGAUAAAGGGGUGUGUGAUAGCUUUAUGGUGCAAGCAUGUAAAGCAUGCCAUGUUAACACACAGAACAAGCUUCAAAUACACACACAAACACUCAGAUGUACAAAACACUAAGCAGCAACCUCCGGCCAUGAGAAUUGAAGCCAAUGCGGAAAUGUUACUGUCUUGUCUUAACAGCCCGUGAUGUGCAGGUGCAGAAUGAACUUCGUGACACUGGCUUGCUCGUAUCAUAAUAUGUUUAAUUACAACAAACAGCAUCAGUAUCAGUAACAGUAACAAGCAUCGCGACUGCUUGGAGGACGUCUGGGCCAGAUAAAGUCACCUCUCCUCUGUCUCCAAAGGCUGUCUUAUAAAGGGUGUAGGUGUCGUCACAACACACACAUAUAUAGACAUCUACCAGUACAACAAUGUUAUUUUGGACUCCAACUCUGAAGACCUUAAAAUGACAACAGUAAAGUGACCAUUGGUCAAAGAUGCCAACUGUCACAGUCGAUUACAUUUAUGGCGAGAUGCUUUUUUUCUUAUAAAUUCCUGAAGCCUCCUGGAGCCAUUCUACAAAUUCUUGAAACCUCCUGAAGUUAUUUUAAACAACACAGACUAACAACAUAUACUUAAUCUUAUGUGGUUAAAUAUCAGAUACUUCAUUACAAACUGCAGUUCCUCGAGUGUCCACUUGGGGCUGGCUGCAGAAGCACCAGAAACCAAAAACAUGAUCUUUGCUGCAGAAAUAAACAUGUUUACAGCCUGGUACAAAAAAAACAGGUUUGGUCCAAAAAGGUAAUUUCUCUAUCCGCACACACUGUCCUGGGGGAAAUCUUGUAUAACCCAGUUGUUUAGAAGGUAUCCAGAUUGCAAGUUUUGCAUAAUUAGAGGCACAGCUGACUCGACUGACAGGCAGGAACACUGCAGCUGUUAGCAAAGAGGCUAAAGGGCCCACCUCUUUACGUCCUCCUAGAUCAACCGAAGGUUUCAAACAUAGACUGUAUAAAAUAUGGACGUAGUAUCCGUGACGUCAACCAUCUGUUCCUGAGAGCUGUUUUGAAGCCGAUCGACGGCGG